AGAAGCUGCAACAGAGUAAGUGAAUUAAAAUGCCUGUCACCUAGUAGAUUCCGGACAGAGGGCAGUCUUUAAGACCCAGCGACUGUAUUUGUCUGGAGAGGAAAUGUUGCUUUUUGACAGAUGAGAGAAAUCCCCUUAGUGCUGGCUGUGGAAGGGAGAAGUGAAGUCAGUCACCUGGUGGUGAAGGCCAGUAAAACAGCAAAGCAGGAGGAAAAUUGCGGUCUCCCUCUCUUCUCUUCGCUCUUUUCUCUCUGUGGGAGCCACCUCCUAUUCUCUCAACUCUUUUAGCAUAACCUUCAAAGGAGAACGGUCCCUUCAGACUUUAUUACCGUCUUUUCCCCACUGAGAGAAUACCUCUUAGCUACAAGACAUUUUUUAAGUCUAUGCAGGACUUCGGGGAUCCAGUUAUCUUGCCAGGGAAAUUGAUGAUUGCUAAUGUCUGAGACUCACAGCGUGCUAAAUUAGCUACCAGAGUAUGCCUGACGGAGGAAGGCUUUUUAUCACAUAGUCUUCUCUCCAGUUUGAACACAUUUGCUUGAAUUUUGCCGCAUGAUGCUGUCCAGGGAAGCAGCUUUUUUUCUUGGGAUGCAGCAACUCGCUGGUUUCUAAGCUUAUUGCCGAAGAAAAAAAUAAUCUGAAAUUGAGUGGAUUUUUCCCCCUCCUUUGCUUGAGUCGACUGAGCUGUGUCGCACGGCGGUAAAGAUCAACUGUCCCUAAAUCUUUGAAGAAGUAAAACAAAGUGAAUUCUCAUUAAUAUUUAUUUAUUUGUAUUAUUUUUAACCGGUGGAGGCGGCGAGACCACGGAGGAUGAGACUGAGAGAAGCUACCAGGGCUUGGAGGAGGAUAAAGCUGAGUUUCAGCUGGAAACUAAAAGACUAGAUCGGUUCGGGGAGCAACUUGGCCAGUUCCUCUCCACUUCCUUUAGUUUCGCUCCAUGGACAGAUCCACGGACCUGGACAUCCAGGAGCUCAAGAUGACUCGAGAACAAUACAUACUAGCCACACAGCAGAACAACCUGCCGAGACCUGAAAACGCACAACUCUACCCUGUGGGGAUUUAUGGAUGGCGAAAGAGGAUGGUAUGGGGAAUCUGAGAGUCACCAAGAAGGGAAUCCGACUUGAAGGUAUAUCUGAGUUUCUACUACCAUUGUAUGUGAAAGAAAUUCAUUCCCGAAAGGACAGUCCAUUGGUCUUACAGUCUGACAGAAAUGUAACAGUGAAUGCAAGGAACCAUAUGGGGCAGCUCACUGGACAGCUGACAGUCGGAGCUGAAGCUGUUGAGGCACAGUGCAAAAGAUUCGAAGUGAGAGCAAGUGAAGAUGGCAGGGUGCUGUUUUCUGCAGAUGAAGAUGAGAUCACUAUUGGGGCUGAGAAGCUAAAGGUUACAGGAACUGAAGGAGCAGUAUUUGGACACUCUGUGGAAACACCUCACAUCAGAGCAGAGCCAUCUCAAGACCUCAGGCUUGAAUCACCAACCAGAUCCUUGAAAAUGGAGGCUCCACGUGGGGUCCAGGUGAGCGCAGCUGCAGGUGACUUCAAGGCUACCUGCAGGAAGGAGCUGCACUUACAGUCCACAGAAGGGGAGAUAUUUUUAAAUGCAGAUUCAAUCCGGCUGGGAAAUCUACCAAUCGGUUCCUUCUCUUCUUCAACCAGCUCCUCAAAUUCUCGACAGACAGUGUAUGAACUGUGCGUCUGCCCCAAUGGCAAACUCUACCUUUCUCCAGCUGGGGUAGGCUCCACCUGUCAGUCCAGUAGUAGCAUUUGCUUGUGGAACUGAAGCGACUGAUUUCUCCUCACACCAGAAUAGCCUUUUGUUCCCGUCCGUCUGCUUCACGGUUUUGCUCGGUUUCCCCUGUGAUCAGUGCAGAGCGUCUUCAGAUGGACCACAGAGCAAACUGUUCCAGUAUCCGCCGGGAUUGGCCUUCACCUUUCCUGAUUCACCAUUCUCAACACACUGAGUGGGACUGACUCGGCCGUGGGAAAAACAUCUUCAGCAGAAAACCUGGAUCGCAACCUUUGCUCAAAAGGGAGAAUAAUUUAGGUGCCUUUGCUACGUGGAGUGAAGCACACACAGUUUUAGAUUUUUGCAGAACCUGGCUGUGAACUACGCACGAACACAUUACCCAGACGAAAUUCCCAAAUCCACUGGUGACAUGAAAUGCUUAACCCCGUCAGAAGACUGAUUCUGCAGUCCGAAAGCACAAUUUUCCAUUCAUCUUUUUUGGACGUAAACUUUUAUCCCCGAAUUUUAAAAUUUUGAAGCAUUAUGUAAUGCUUGCUUUACUAAAAAAUUAAAUUCAAUACGUGAUUUUUAACUAAAUGAAAUGACGAGACAGAAUCUCUCCCUGAGUUUUUUUUGUUUGUUUGUUUGUUUGUUUGUUUGUUUCCUUCAAUUCAAUGUGUUGGUACUCUUUGUCUACUAAGUCUGGAAUUUUGUACAUUAGAUAAUUUUGAAAGCUCUCAGCAAUAUAAUCUUUACAAAAUUAACAAAAACGCCAUUAUGCUGUCAUUUGUCAGAUCUGGAUGGCCUUAUAUAGUAUUUAUGUGGUUAUUGCAUGUGACACAUUUGCUUUUAACAAAACAUCUUAACCGUUUCAAUUUAAGACAGGAGGGAUAUACUUGUGGUGGGAAUUCCUCGGUUAUUUCUUUGAAUAUUCACACGGUGUCCUUUAUCCUUAGGUUUUAAUAACACUCUUUUGUUUGCUCCACUUACAUUAAACUUGAUUUUUAAGUGCAAAAGUUAAAACAGCCUUUAAUUAAAUGCUAAUGUGAUGCAUAAUGCUGAGAACGGAUUCAGUUUCCACAGGGACGUCAUCUUCAAAGUUAGUAUCCGUCUUUUCAUUUGUGGUUAAUAUUUAAGAAGGUUACAAAUUAAAUUAUAAAUUCCAGAAAAGAAUGUGGUAAAAAGACAAACAUGCAGAAGGGGUGUUGGCCAAGUGCUUUCUCUGUUGAGGAAUCUAGUCACAUUUCCAUUCGACUGUUAGCCAUUUCUACCAGACUUCUACCUUACAUCACGAACUGUAGCUAUCUCCACUCUCCACAGCUCAUUUUUAAAAAUGAGUUCCUAGUAAAUAACGGUGGAGUAUUAUAGCUUUGUUCACCAUGGUACUCUAAAACUCAAAUUCUUGAAACCGACAGAAUGCAAGAAUGUAAACUGGCAUUGUAGAUUUCCCAUUUUCUGAAGGUGACUUGAUGACUCUGAGGUAAGUCCUUAAUUUUUCCCAUCAUACCCUUCUUGCACCUGUGCACACUGUUAACAGGUGUGUGGAAGUUACAUUUCAGAGCUCUAUGACUGCAGAAUCUUUGAAAAUCGGUUCUCUAUAGUUGAGGGUGAAGCAAACUAUUGAAAUUUGUUGAAGUAGUUUGGUUAGUAACAAAGAAAAUUGGAUAAUACAACCUGCAAGGUGACCUAUUGGCCAAAGCUCUCUCUUUUGGAUUCCUAGCAUUUCCAAUAGCAGGCAAAACGCUGUACCACUGAGCACAUUCCACAUUAUGUAGACAGCUCUGGAAGGUAUUUUACCCUGAUCUUUUUAAAAAUUGUACUGGACUUGUGCUUUGGGAUUAGUUUAUAAAUCUGUAAAUUAAUAUCAGAAUAAAAGUGGAGAUAUAUAAUUACUUGAAAAGUCAUAAAAGAGAGCCUAAUUCAUUUCUAACAAAAUUUACUAUAUGAAGAUUGCAUAUUAGUCUUUGAAAAGAGUCACACAAUGUGUAAGGCAAGAAAUUUAGAGUCAUGUUUAUCACUGUUUUUUGUUGAAGAAGACAGUCUGUAUUACUUUGGGAUAUACCAAGGUUUUAGCCAUGCUAAAUUAAAGCAAUUAGAGAAUUUUCUAAUCAAAGGAUGUUAAUUCUCGUGAUUUGUAAUCCUCCCUGUUUCUAAAGUCUUUAAUCAAUUAAGCCAAGUUUAGCAACCUGAGAAUGUCUCCAGACUUCAGUUUACACAGAAAAAGUUACAACCUUUACAACAAAAAUAUUAAAUCAAACAUCUUGUAAAGGCUUCUUCUAGCACAAAUGAAAAGAGAACACUCAGAAUUUAUAUGAACAGGCCAACAUGCCAAGAAUGAAGGGUGAUAAGAAAACAAAGCGGGCAGGGAAGAACAAAUUAUAGGCUGUGGCUGACGGCUUACAUCUUUAGUUUUGACACUCAGGAAGCAGAUGUAGUAGGAUCUGUGCAACUUUGAGGCCAGCGCAGUCUGUGGAGCUAGGGCUAUACAGAGAGAUCCUGCAUCAAUCAGUAGAUCCAUAAUUAAAGAAUAAAUAACUCACAAAAAAUUAGGGGAAACAGCUGGCAAAUUUUCAACUUGAAAAUAUUCUGACAAAUCCAGACACUAAAGAAUCAUUCCAACUCAAAAGAUUUAGAAUAUCCAAAUUUCUGUUAAAUAAAAAAGAAUGUCAUCAAUGACUUCCUUAUACAAUAGUAUAUGAAUAGCUUGAAUUGAUUGUUUAACUGCUAUAAGAUUCUUUGGGCCCACUAAUAUCAAAGUUUGAGCUUCUAUUCAAGGCUUAGAAGAUCAACCCUGAAGUCUUUGAAUUCCUAAUAGAAAAUCAUUAUUUCUUUGAUGCUAAAGAGGUCCAGAAACUGAGGAAAAGAUUUAUCCAUUGCUUUCCAAAUGCAAUUUUACAAAUCAGAAUAAACACAGAAACACACACACAUAAACACACACACACACACAACCACCUCCUCCUCACACACAAUGUACCUUAUUUAAAUGAUCCAAAUUCUAUUUUUCUGGAAUCACAUUGAGUACAUAUUACUUUUAGUUGUGGCAUAAUGAGCUCUACUCAGUUAUGUUGUUUGUCUUAACUUCAUGUUUAAUUUAGAUCCUGCACAGAAGAACAGAAAUAGAGAAAUUGGAGAGGGAAAGUUGCUGGCAUUUCAAUUAUAAUCCACAAUGUAUAAAUUCAGAUGUGUCUUAAGGUCAGUUUUUCUGGAGCUGAAAAGAGCAUGCAUUAUUAUUUUAAUCCCAUAACACUUGAAUGAUGAACUUUUAAAGCAUGCAAAUACAAUCUGAACACACUAAAAGCCAAACAAAAUGUACUUUCAGUAAUUUAUGAUCCAUUUACCCAGUAUCUUCAAUAUUUGUGAUCUGACUUAGUAGUCCUGAUUUUUAUUAUGAAUCAUAAUUUUCACAUUAUGGGAUAAAAUCAUUUCUCUAAGUUUAGAAAAUAACUGUUCACUUACAGUACAAUUUGGAAAUCUUAGAAAGUAGUGCUAUAAAUCUCUGAAAAUAUGUGUAGGAAUUCUGAAUUGGGUCCUGGUUAUAUGUAGUGCUUUAAACUCUCUUUAGAAAUAUCUAAUCACUUUGGCUGCAGUCUCUUUGAGGAAGUUAUACUAAGCUAGGUAUUUCUCUUUGGUUAUGUUCAUCUAUUAGUUUUAUUGAUUCUAUUAAUAAAAUAUUUAAUGGUUUUCACUGAGUCUAUGAGACUCUGCCAAGCUAGAAUUUUUAUUAUCUAUUUCUUAAAGAGCUGUUCAUCAAUGUCAAAAACAAAGCUUCUAAGCAUCCUAUUCUUUUUCUCUGUAUCCCUGGAUUUCCACUUACCAAUUGAGUAGCAAUUCCUUUUGAGGAAAUCAGGUAUGGUUGAUACUUUCAAUAAUAAAUUUAUACAUUGUGAAUUUAUAAAACUGAAAUUUUUAUAACUAUCAAAAAUCCUUCAUAUAUUACCCCCUUAAUGUCUCUAUUCAGCAGUGCCUCAUUUUCCAAAUACACCAUCAAUAGAGUAAUAUCUCUAAUUAAUUUCAUCUUUGCAAACAUAGUAUCUCUUUGUAAGGAAGCAAUAGACAUGAGAAAAUCUGAUGCUGUUAGCAUUAUAGUUCAUAGCAUAUGAUGUCAAUAUCACAUUUAAUUAUAAUUGAAAGUAUUUAAUGGUCUAAUUCUCUAUAUACAACCACCAUCAACAAACUCACUUUUGAGUUUUAUACAUUUGAGAUAUGGUUUCCUUAACUGCCUAUAGCUUUGGCCUAAUUAGAAUUGCUCAUGGGACCCUUCAUAGACAUUCAUUAAGUCAUUUGCUGCAUACAUUAGCAUAUAUUAUGGUAAUGAUUACUGCAGAAUACCAUUAUCAAAAAGGAAAAUAAUAUCAUAUCUAUCCCCAAUUAUAAAUUAAUGAAUGAUCUCACUGAACACUUUUGUAGAAAUUGCUUUAAACUGCAGUCAAGUAGUCACUGAAAUGUCAAAGACCAAAGAUCAGGAUUUCUAUUGUAUUUAGCUCUAGAGCACUAUUGCUUCAACUGAUUUAUUAAAAUAAGUAGGGGUUAUAAUUACAACACAUACUUCUGGCAGGAAUAUGAGCUGCAGCCAUUAGUUACUGCUUUAGUUGUAGAAAGAACACUUCAGUAGUAUGCUCUGCAUAUUUUUAUACAUAGGUAAUGAAUGCUUCAGUACUCUUAAAACAAGGAAAUAGAGACUACACCCAAAAUGGCCUCAGGACAGGUUAACUUGGUUGGGUUUCAAUUCUCAUUGCUUGCCAAAUAUAUCUCUGGAAACUAUAACUAAUAUUAAAUACUUUUAGAACUAGAGGGCUAUUUUUUAAAUGUUAAUUGAUGUGGGUCAGUCUUCGGGAAAGUAAAGACCAACAUUAACGGAUGGGCAGUACAAUGAACUGUGAUUCUUCCUGGAUUUCCAGUUUUAAAUAUUUCAUUUAUUUGAAUAUUUAUGAAGUCAAACAGGGUUAAAGAUGUGCAAGGAUAUUUCCUAAAAAUGGAGACACAAUUUGGAGUUUGUUUCUUUAUUUAUACAAUCCUUUAAACCAGGUCCAUGAUUAAUUUAUUUUGUUUUGUAUCUUUCAUGUAAAUGUUUUCUUGUAUAUAUAGAUAUAUGAAGAAAUGGAACUAUUUUCGUACACAUACUAUGCAAUAUGUUUGUACAAUUGCAAAAUUACCAAAAUUACAAAAGCUGUGCUUUUGUACUCUAUCUUGCUUUAUGUAAAAAAAAAAAAUAACCAUUUUCUACUUAAAAGGACUCCUUCCUAUGAACUGUAGAUAACAUAUCUAUUCAAAAAUCAGUCUAUUGUGUCUUAUGUUUAGUUUGGGUGAGGUCUAUUUCUUUUGGGUGUAAACAAAGCAAAAUUUUGGCAGUGGGAAUUCUUUUCUCAGAAGCAUGCAACAAGCCCAUAUCAUUUAAGAACUCUCUUGUAAUUCUUGUAUUUUUGUCUUGAUUUUGGUGCUACUGUGUAACCAUGAUUAAAUGUGAUAGUCAAACAAA